CUGGGUUUACAAACCUUCAACCGGAUGUUGAUCGUUAUUUACAGCCGGUGAAAAUGGCGGACAUGGACGAGCUUUUCGGUAGUGAUGGCGAUAGUGACAAUGAGCAACGAGCGUCCGUCUCUGGUUCUGGCUCUGGCUCUGGGUCUGAAUCGGAGCAUGAGAGACCCAGAUCUGCCAGCAAUGCUUCUGGCAGCGAGAGUGACAGGGAUCAUGACGAAGAUGAGGAUGAAGAUGGGGGAAAGCCAAGCAAUAAAGAGCUGUUUGGAGACGACAGUGAAGACGAGCGCGGGAGCCAGCACAGUGGCAGCCAGCACAGUGGCAGCCAGCACAGCGGCAGCCGGCACAGUGGCAGCCAGCACAGCGGCAGCCAGCACAGCGGCAGCCCGUCAGGGCGAUCAGGCAACCAAUCAGAGGCGAGCAUGCGUUCGGACAACGAGCACAGUGGGUCAGAGGGCCAUCACGAGGAGGACGGCGAUGAUGAUGACAGGGGCCACAGGUCAGAUGUAGCGAGUCCCGUCUCAGGAGCAGGAAGCCACAGGUCUGACAGAGGAAGUGCAAGUCCAGUGUCAGAGGCGGGCAGCCCACGCUCAGAAGCUGGAAGUGGUCAUUCAGACCCUGGCACACCUCAUUCAGAUGGAGAGGGGUCAGGGAAAGAUGUCCAUUCCGGAGAUGAGAAGUGGGGCGGGGAUGGAAAAAGUGACCAAUCAGAGGACGAGGACAAACCGCAGAACUCGGAUGAUGAAAGGGACCAUUCUGAUGAAGAAAGGGAAAGACAAAAAUCAGAGUCUAUCAAGGGCAGUGACAGCGAAGAGGAUUUCACACGCAAGAAAAAGAAAAAAAUCGCUUCAGACUCUGACUCGGAUUCUGACCGUGAUUCACAGAGGGGUAAGAAGCCCGCGGCAAAUGAUCUGUUCGGGGAAGCAGAUGAUAUUUCAUCAGACAGCGACGCAGAGAAACCUCUCACACCUGGGCAACCAAUGGAUGGUGAGGACGGUCUGGAGGGAGAUCAUCCCGAGGAGGAGCCGGCUCCAGAGACGAGGAUCGAAGUGGAGAUUCCCAAAGUCAGCACAGAUCUGGGCAGUGAGCUCUACUUUGUCAAGUUGCCCAACUUUCUCAGUGUGGAGCCCAGGCCGUUUGACCCUCAAUACUAUGAGGAUGAGUUUGAGGAUGAGGAGAUGUUGGAUGAGGAAGGACGGACCCGUCUCAAGCUGAAGGUGGAGAACACCAUCAGGUGGCGCUCUAGGCGCGACGAGGAGGGCAUCGAAGUCAAGGAGAGCAACGCAAGGAUUGUUAAAUGGUCAGACGGCAGCAUGUCUCUGCACCUGGGGAAUGAGGUGUUUGAUGUGUAUAAAGCUCCACUACAGGGUGACCACAACCACCUGUUCAUCCGCCAGGGCACAGGACUGCAGGGUCAGGCUGUGUUCAAGACUAAACUCACCUUCAGACCUCACUCCACAGACAGCGCCACACACAGGAAAAUGACCCUCUCUCUUGCUGACCGCUGCUCAAAGACACAGAAGAUCCGAAUUCUGCCCAUGGCUGGCAGGGACCCAGAGUCCCAGAGAAAUGAGAUGAUCAAGAAAGAAGAGGAGAGAUUACGUGCAUCUAUCCGCCGUGAGUCCCAGCAGAGGCGCAUGAGAGAGAAACAGCAUCAGCGAGGUCUGAACGCCGGGUACCUGGAGCCAGACCGCUAUGAUGAGGAUGAGGAGGGUGACGAAUCCAUCAGCCUAGCCGCCAUCAAGAGCAAAUAUAAGGGUGGAGGUCUGAGGGAGGAGCGUGCCAGGAUCUAUUCGUCAGACAGCGAUGAAGGUUCCGAUGAAGACAAGGCCCAGCGGCUGAUGAAGGCCAAGAGACUGGACAGUGAUGAGGAGGGAGAGAACUCUGGAAAGCGAAAGGCAGAGGAAGAUGAUGAAUCUGCAGCUGCCAAGAAACCCAAAAAAUAUGUCAUCAGUGAUGAAGAAGAGGAGGAGGAGGUGGGGGAGGUGGAGGAGGUAGAGGAUGUGGAGGAUGUGGAGGAAGACGAGUGAUUUUUUUUUUAUAUAUAUAUAGUUUUGUGCUUGUUUAAUCACAAUAAAGUAGGUGGUUAAUCCAUAAAAUAAAAUCUGCAGUUAUUUGUAUAUUUUAUAAGGAUUGAAGAUGCUCAUCAUUACAACAAAACAAUAAAGCGCAAUAACCUCGA